UCGAUACUCAUUCAGUGUUCGACAAGCGUCAAGUGCUGAUCACCAUCCACCCACGCGCUGACGUGCCAGUUCACUUUCCAAGCAAAAAUGGACGCGGCCGGCAACAAGACUCCUUAUCAGGGCGCAGCCCGGUGCUUUGGCGAGUAUCGCUGUCCCAAGUGCAACAGGACCUGGAUGUCCGGAAAUUCGUGGGCCAACACCGGCCAACAGUGCACCCGGUGCGAUAUCGUCGUUUAUCCGCACAAGCAGCGAGCACUUGAGAAGCCGGAUGGGCUGGACAAAUCGGACCCGACGAAGAAACACCCCCAGGAACUGUGCCAAAAGUGCCAGUCCCUCGGAUAUUUCUGCGGAAGGAAGCAAUGGUGAAACGAGAUAAGAUUUAUGCUGAAACAACAGCCUGCUGAGCUUAGAGCUUUCGGAUUGACUCAAACUUUGUACUUCUAAAAUAGAGUUAACUGAUUAAAAGCUUUAUUCUGAUGAAGCGAUUUAAAAUCUGGAUUAUUAUAAAAUGUAUGAAAUGCGAUAUAAAUACAAUAAAAUGUGUUGAGUUAAAA